AUGCUUAAACUGCUGCCUGAAUGCGAGGUCAAGGAUUACAAGGUUCAAUCACGCCCACUUGUUACCAGCUACUCCUUUCUUGAAUAUUCAACAUGCGUUUUUAACAUUCAAAAUUGGGGCGACAGCGUUGUUCAGCCUGCCUUGCAAUCGAAUCGAGGAGGCGAAAAGGUGCUCGACCAGCCAUACGGUGUGCUACAUCGCGGAAUGUGGAACGCGGCUGCUUCCAAACGAUUCAUCUUCUAUACAUCUAGCUAUCAUUUGAUGGUGUAA